AUUAUUUAGAAACAAGUGCCUGUGGGCUUUUUACUAAGAAAAAACCCCACUAUUUCCAUGAAGUGUGAUAGGAUAUCGUACAUAUUUGCAUCUUUGAGAUCUACCAGACAGUGGAGUGACCUGAUGGAAAUGUAUGGAAGUUCAUCAUGUCAAUAAGGAUUGAAGACACAAUAUCUGUAAAUACUCCACUGGGGGAGUAUCAGAUCCAGUUAUGUUAUGGGGACAUCUCAAAACAAGAGGAAAAAAUGGACAUUGUUAUGGUAUCUGCAUUCCCAGGUGACUAUGCUGCAGUUGGUGGAACACUUAUUGGUGCAUUGAAGAGGAAUUUAGGCAUUAAUGUACUGAAUCUAUCUAGGGAUAAACUUAUGGAUUUACGAACACAUUUUUCUUGUUGGAUGUCAAAAGACUUGGAUUCUAAUUUACCAUUUAAAAAACUUCUAUGCUUUGAAAGAUCAAGAGCUAAAGGUUGCAUGAUUGAUCAAAUCAGAGAUAUGUUCAGAGCCCUGGUUCCUGCUUGUGGCAGUCAGGAAACAACUCUGAUAACAUCUUUACUUGGAACUGGAAACCAGGGAUUUGCAGAAUCUCAAGUUCUAAGUUGUAUGGUAGAAGCAGCAGCUAACUGGAUGCAAGCUGGUUUACCCUUGAAAUGCAUUAAAAUUGUAAUUUAUGGUGAUAAUGAUUCCACUUUGAAUAGUUUAUUCUCCUCAAUGAAGAAGAAAAUAGCAUCAAAGAAAGGAAAAAAGGUAGGUGGAAAAGAACUUACGUAUGACAUCUACAUCACAUAUGAAGUAAGAGACCAAAAUUGGGUUUCUAUGGUAACAAAAGCACUGCAUGCUAAAGAUAAAAAUCUGAAAUUGUAUGCUGAGGUCCAGAAGUUUGAUGAAGAGAAGAUUUGGCAGGAUAAUGUCUUUAAAACUAUGUCAUGCAGUCGAAAAGUUAUUGCAAUAUUGACACCAUCAUUUGUCAAUAGUAAAGACUGUCUUGACCAGUUCAACAUGGCCAUGUGUUGUAACAGAUUAAAGAAUUCACAAGUUUUGUUUCCAUUUCUGUUAUCCUCUGUAGAAUCUAUGCCAGUUUAUAUGCAAAUAGUCCAGUAUUUUGACUGUAGAGUAAGAAGAGAAGGAGAUGUUAUUGACAUAAAGAUAGAUACAGCUUGUUCACUUGUGAUGAAUCCUACCUCAUCUAACCCUGUAAAUCCACAGGAUGCGAAUGGAGAUAAAGAAAAAUUCAAUUAUGAUGUCUUCAUCUCAUAUUCACACAGACAGCCUAAACCAGCAGAAAAAUUACUACAUGACAUGGCUGCAGCUAAUUCUGAUCUUAAGAUUUUCUUUGAUAGAAGUGAACUUACUAUGGGAAAUAUGUGGCAGACCUCUCUGUAUGAAUCAUUAGACAAUGCUGAAUGUAUCAUAGCUUUGGUGUCCCCAGCCUAUUUCUCUUCUACUGUCUGUCAAGAGGAGUACAAUAUAGCUCUGGCAAGACAUCUAGCUUAUCCAUCAGGGGUGCUUUUUAUACCUGUUUUGGUGGAGCCAAUGGAAACCAUACCAAGUCAUUUCAGUAGAAUACCUAUUAUUGAUGGUGUUGGUGAAAAAUUUGAAAAAGUCGUCAUUUGCUUGAUAAAAGAUGUUUCUGAAUGGCGUUCAAACCAGACAAAAAUACCAUAUUUACAAAAUCCAGUGGAUCUUUACAGUUUUCAAAGUAUUGAGGAUGAAAGAAAGUUGACGAUUCAAAACCAUUUCAAUUUAGAUUUGAAAAUGAAAAAUUUAGUUCCUUUGAAAAAGUUAGGUACUAUAAAACCAUCUCCUAAGGGGGAAAUAGAUGUUGCAAUUAGUUUUGCAAGAGACACAAUUGCCUAUGCUGGUACAUUAAAUGAUAUUUUUGGUAAAGAAAAUGACAAGCUGCAAAUUUCCUUUCUAAACGAAAAUACUCAGGGUAACUUGAAAGAUUUAGAUUCAGCUAAACAAGUAAUUAUAAUCUUGUCAAAGGAAUAUAUUCAGUCUAAUCAUCAUAUGCAAGAACUACAUUUGGCCUUAUGUAGACAAAGGGAGUCUAAGAACAAAUUGGUAGUCAGAAUCUUUGCAGAAGAGGAUCUACCGGAGAAGCCUGUGUUUAUACAUUUGUUACCAUUUGAUACAGUUGUAACCGACAAGUUAUGGAAAAAAUAUCACAAGAUGUCAGUGAACGAUUGUGACAUGAGACACAAAACAGUGAUGUCACACAAGCAAGGCAUGAUGGGAUCCUUUAUGAUUCUAUAUGGGACAUAUUAUGCCUUACAGAAAACAGCAUUUGAAGUGAUGAAAAGUCUAAGCAGUCCAAAAGACAAAAGUACCCAUGUACCACCUAUUAUUUGUAACAUGGUGGAAGCUAAACUAAAGGAUAACAAGUAUCCACUUACAGUAAAGGUGUCAGAGUGUAUGAUAGACAUACUUUCCGACAACCAGAAAAUACAGAUUCCACCUGUCAAAGAAAAAAAAAGUACAGCAGAACCUGAGGAUGCACCUGUUUCUCCAAAUUCAAAAUUGAUGCCAAAUAUUGUUAAAAAGACAGAUCAAAAGGAAAACAGCCCUCAAAAGGCUACUGUUGUAAAGUGGGCGGAUCAAGAAAGCACAAAGCUUCAGAAAACAGCUGAAAUACAGAAUCCAUCUGUUAAAGGGAAGACAAGUACAGAAGAUCAAUCAGCUGAUGACAGACAUGUUGUAAAGUGGGCUGAUGAGCCUCAAGAGAUCAACACAAACCUUCAGAAAACAGCAGAAAUACAGGCUGCUAUAAUGAGAACUUUAGAGAAAGAAAUGGAUGAAAAGAACAGUUCAGAUACUAAAACAGUCACCAAGUCUAGUUCAUGUAGUUUACUAUAAAAGUUCAUGGUAUGAAGGAACUAAGUCAAUUAAUCAAAUAUUUAUUUUAAAUUUAUAAAUGGGGGAUUUUUUAUAUUAACAAAUAAAGUGAAAAAUUAAGGGAUUAUUAAGGGAAAAUUUUUGAUACAUUGUCUAGGAAAUAAUUAAGACAUUAAACAAAAUAUUUAGGAAAAGAUGAAAAUUUGAGAUGCAAUUGAAUUUAAAAAUAUUUUUAUGUUGUGUGGAGUUACCUAAGUACACUUGUUAACAAGAUCACAAUCAUUGGGGAUCUCAAUUUUGUGAGCAUCAAAACAUUGUGUUACUGUCCAUAAUAUUAAAAAGUCUGUUGACAAUCCAUUUCAAAGUCCACAAUUGAAGUAUCAACAGAAAUAGACACCAGCAUAUAUUGAUCAGGUUCCUCUGACAAUCUUAUUUAUCUAUUUUAUAAAAAGAGGUGCCAAUCAUUUUGAGCUCAUGUUUAAAUAUACACUAGUAUAUCUUUGAGCUAUCUGACUUCUUUGAGAGUACUUUUAUCAUUUAAAAUGUUAUUUGCAAACUACGCACAUCAACUUUCAAUAAAUCAUUUGACUUUCACCUAUCUGGUGUUCAUCGUAUUUUAGCUAGUAGACCAGUUUAAUGUUUGCAAACAAUUCACUACCUUGAUUUAGCUCCUUGUUAAUGUGAAAAUCUGAAUGAUUAAUUUCAAGAUUGACUAAAUCCAAAAUACAGGUAAUUGUGUGAAUCUUUGACCUGAAAAGGCAGUUUUUGUUCCAGUUCCAAUUAUUUAUAUUCCUCUGGCAAUUACAACUGUAUAUGUAAAUUAUCAUGUGAUAUUGUUAAUCAAGUCAUAUUCCACAGUGCGGGAAUUUCUCUCUGCGCUAAAGACCUGUUGGUGAUCUUCUGCUGUUGUUCUAUCUAUUGCCAGGUUGUUGUCUCUUUUACACAUUACCCAUUUCCAUUCUCAAUUUUAUUUUCUUUUGGUCAAAUAUAAAAUCUAAAUGACAAUAAAGGAGUAGGUUCAGUAAGACCCAUUUUUGGCCCCAAAAUAAAGCAGUUUUCGGAAAUUGUAAAAAUUUAAUGGUUAAGAUAUUUAUUGAAAAGUAGAAUGCUUCUGCUUCAUAAAUAUGGGCUGUUUUUGACAAUACAAAGCACAUAUAUCGGGUACUAGCAUCAUUAAGUUAUGCUAAAUUACUGAAAUCUUCACAAUUUUAGCAUUUUAAUUAAAUUUUAGACGGUUUCUGUCUUAAAUGAAAGUGGCCGCAUUUGUGUUCAAUCAUUAUAUUGAAAGGUAAGUUGUAUUUGAUGAUAAUAUAUAAUAUAUAUAAAUGUUGAGGAUGAACACGGAUGCGGCCACUUUCAAUUUUGACAAAAAACAUCUGAAAAGUGACAAUUUUGGGCAUAUUGAUAGAUUUUUCAUAUUUAAGCUUGAAUCAAAGUGCUUAUUAAGACUAAAUCAGUUAAAAUCUGUCACAUAAACUAAUUGAAUCAAUUGAAAUAGACACUAAAGUGUUUAAAAAGUGUCUAAAAUUUUUCGUUAGAUGAAUUUGAAAAUUGAGGCCGAAAUCGGCCCUUACCGGACCUACUCCUUUGAACAAAUAAUCAGUAACAGUAUAGUGAUUGAGAACAUUAAAGUCUAGAAAUAUUGCUGAAACAACAAAAGGAGGGAAGUUGAGUUUGCCAAGAGUGGAUAGAGUCUUAAUCACUGAUUUUAGUUACAAGUUUUAUUAAAUUACUUUCAAUAUAUAUUGAUCUGUAAAAUGAACUAAGAUUAUUCUGUUUGAUGCACAUUUGAUCCUUUUCAUUGGGACCAUUUGUAUAUUAUUUGUACACACCAAAUUACCUCAUUUGAAUUCAUCAUGCUUGUUGGGUUAAAAUUAAGUUCUACAUAUUUAAUUUGCCUUACCCUUAUUAUAUCAUACUUUUAACAAAUGAUGUACUAAAAAUAACUCAAGUCUAGACUCUAGUAUCAAAAUUGACUCUUUUUACCAAUUAUUAUAAUUCUUGGUCAGAAAAUGACCUUGAAAUUUCAGAAUGAAUUUAAUCCAAAUUUGAAUGCACCAAGUUCUUAAACAUUAUUUUCAUUUUAUUUGAAUGAUAUUAAUUAUGUCUAGAGUAAAUGAAUUAUUUCAUAUCAGUUGGCCAUCAUGACUGAAAAUUGAAGUAAGGAGUAAAAUGCAAAGGAUCUUCAAAACAGCUGUAUUUACAGAAAAAUUGACUCUAACUAAAAAUGCUUGUUAAAGUACAAGUUUGAAAAAUUCCAUUUCAAGAUAUUGUUGUAAUCUUUGACCUUUUAUCAAUAUUCUUUAUGUUGAAAUAGUAGUGAACAUGGGAUCAUAGAGAGAAAGUGUAGCAGCACAAUUGAUAAAUAAACAAAUUUAGAUCAAGAAUCAAUUCUUUUGUUGCAUGAAGACAAAAUAAUUCUGUAUUUAUUUCACUUGAUCAACCUCAAAAGUUCCAUAUACUUUUUGCGGUUGUAUAUUGGUAUAAGGAAGGCAGUGCCGUCAGCGUCAUCGGAAGACAUUUGGUUUCUGGACAAUAACUUGAGUAUAAGCAAAUAGAUAUUUAUGAAAUUUAACCUCAAGGUAAAUAACCACUAAAGGAAGGUUAGGAUUGAUUUUGUUAUGGUCCCAACAGUUUGGGAAUGAGCAUUUUUCCUCAAGAUAUCAGAAAUAAACUGCUAUUUAUUUUGUUUUGUUUUUAAAAAGGUUGAAAUUAGAUGACAAUACGGCAUAUAUUUGCUAGGUGAGCAUUUAAUCUCAUUUAGAUAUGUGAGUAUUUUUUUAUUUUUAAAUUUUUUUAUACUGUGUAUAUUAUUUAUGUAUUUUUAAAUCAUUUCUGUGAUAUAUUUAAUUUUUAUAAAUUAUGUACUUUUUGAAUGUGAUCUAAAUGAUGACUUUAUAUAUAUUUUACCUCUUUUCAUGAUUUUUAGAAAAUGUUUUUAAUCAAGAUGUUUAGUAUUUGAAAGGUCAUAAAAUUUGAUAGACUCUUUCAGUUACGACAACAAUUUUUUUCAUUAAAAUAGUUUGUUGCAGUACUAAAAUUUGUUGCUUUUUUAGCUCACCUGGCCCAAAGGGCAAAGUGAGCUUUUCUCAUCACUUUGCGUCCGUCGUCCGGCGUUAGCUUUUACAAAAAUCUUCUCCUCUGAAACUACUGGGCCAAAUCAAACCAAACUUGGCCAAAAUCAUCAUUGGGUAUCUAGUUUGAAAAAUGUGUGGCGUGACCCAGUCAACCAACCAAGAUGGCCGCCACGGCUAAAAAUAGAACAUAGGGGUAAAAUGCAGUUUUUGACUUAUAACUCAAAAACCAAAGCAUUUAGAGCAAAUCUGAAAUGGGGUAAAAAUGUUUAUCAGGUCAAGAUCUAUCUGCCCUGAAAUUUUCAGAUGAAUCGGUCAAUCGGUUGUUGGGUUGCUGCCCCUGAAUUGGUAAUUUUGAGGAAAUUUUGCUGUUUUUGGUUAUUAUCUUGAAUAUUAUUAUAGAUAGAGAUAAACUGUAAACAGCAAUAAUGUUCAGCAAAGUAAGAUCUACAAAUAAGUCAACAUGACCAAAAUGGUCAGUUGACCCGUUUAGGAGUAAUUGCCCUUUAUAGUCAAUUUUUAACCAUUUUUCGUAAAUUAAAGUAAUCUUUUACAAAAAUCUUCUCCUCUGAAACUACUGGGCCAAAUCAAACCAA